GCGGCCGUCUCCGACGUCAACGCCACGGGCGUCUUGGCCGCCUACGAAGCACCAGAGCAGCACUGGUCGUCAGUACUCAUCCUGGCGCUCAAGGGCACCGCCAUGGCGUGCAUCAUAGUCGCCGCAAUCCUCGGCAACCUCCUGGUCAUCGUGAGCGUCAUGAGGCACCGCAAACUGCGCAUUAUCACCAACUACUUCGUCGUGUCGCUCGCGUUCGCCGACCUGCUCGUCGCCAUGGUCGUCAUGCCGUUCAACAUGAGCGUGCAGAUCAACGAGCGCUGGCUGUUCGGCUUCUUCAUGUGUGACGUGUGGAACUCGCUGGACGUCUACUUCUCCACGGCGUCCAUCCUUCACCUGUGCUGUAUCAGCGUCGACCGCUACUGGGCCAUCGUGAAGCCGCUCAAGUACCCCAUCAACAUGACGAAGCGCGUCGUCGCUUUCAUGCUGGUCGGCACUUGGUUGUCCCCGGCUAUCAUAUCCUUUCUUCCCAUUUUCAUGGGCUGGUACACGACGUUCGAAAACCAGAGGUUCCGCGAGGAGAACCCCGACCUCUGCGAGUUCAAAGUGAACAAGUGGUACGUGGUUGUGUCGUCGCUGAUCUCCUUCUGGAUCCCGUGCACCAUCAUGAUCUUCACGUACCUGGCCAUCUUCCGCGAGGCCAACCGGCAGGAGAAGCAGCUGCACUCGCGCAUCGGCAACGCGAUGCUCAUGAACCAUCACCGCAACAGCCGCGAGUACGCCAACAGCAACGGGGACGUUAUGAGCAGCAGCGGCGGCUCCUCCAAGACGCUCACCUUGCACGAGGUCCACCACGGGGACGUGCACUCGACCCCCACCAAGGACCGCAACAUCAUCAAGAUGAAGCGCGAGCACAAGGCGGCGCGGACGCUGGGCAUCAUCAUGGGCACGUUCAUCCUGUGCUGGCUGCCCUUCUUCCUGUGGUACGUGUCAACGUCGCUGUGUGACACCUGUCCGUGCCCGGACCUGGUCGUCGACCUGGUCUUCUGGAUCGGCUACUUCAACUCGACGCUGAACCCCAUCAUCUACGCGUACUUCAACCGUGACUUCCGCGAGGCGUUCAAGAACACGCUGCAGUGCGCCUUCUGCAGCCUGUGCCGGCGGCCGCCGUCCGACCUGGACGCGCUCGACGUGCGCCGGCACUCGCUGCGCUACGACGAGCGCACGCGGAGCAUCUACUCGGAGACCUACCUCAGGCACAUCGACCGCCGGCGCUCCAGCGAGUUCGGCUCCAGCCUGUGAUCCGAGGCCACCGCGCUCUAGCUGCCGGGCUCGCUGCCUCGGCACUGCCGCAUCGCAGUCGAUGCCUUCUAGAGUGCGGUGCUACGUACCCUCUCCACAAAGCAAUAACGGACUGCAAAGUGAUACCCACGGCUGCAACGAGUGGUCCUCCCCAGCUCUCUAGCCCCGUCUCGCCAAGUGUUUUCUGUGCCCGAGAUACAGUUUUGCUAACACGGCUGUCGUGCGACUAGGAGUUGACGCUUACAGCGAAUUGUGAUACGUAGGUGUUGUGUAAAUGCCACAAAUAAAAAUAAAUAUGUGGAUGUGAACGCUAUACAGGACGGAAACUGUGUAUAAAGAAGACGUGUAAAGCCACUGUGUCACUUUUUUUUUUAGUGGUCGCAUUCCAGUGAACACCCAGUGUUAUGUUCCUAGAGCUCAUAAACCUGACAAAUCUGCCAGUGUAGGUUGAUCGCAUAUGAUGUUACUAACUUUCAUCAAUGGCGGAAAACGAUAAAUGUAUCAAUUUGAAGCGAGGGACCCAGGUCCGGAAACGAUAGGGUCGAAAAUCAUAGAAAAAAUUGUUCUGAUACCUCUGACAGUCGAAUCCAGUUGUUAUCGCUAAGACUGUAGGAGAGGCAACUUUCAGAGAUGGCAAUAUGGACCUAAACCAGAAAAAAAUGCCUAGUAAACAUUAGCUCUUUAGUGCGUACCAUAAGAGCAACGAGCACAUGAUCACAUGUUCUGUAGGAGAGAUGUGUUUCACAACAGCAAACAGAGCGAGUUAGCGCAGUGGUUAGCACUCUGGACUCGCAUUCGGGAGGACGACAGUUCAAACCCGCAUCCGGCCAUCCUGA